AUGUACAAGUUUGAGUGUGAACCUAGGCUUUCAUUUUUCUAUGAUGAAUUACCUAAGUGUGGACUCAAAGGGUCAUAUGAUGAUCGGGCUGAACAACGAACCUGUCUCAUUUGUGGGGACCGUGCUACAGGCUUGCACUAUGGGAUCAUCUCCUGUGAGGGCUGCAAGGGGUUUUUCAAGCGGAGCAUUUGCAACAAGCGGGUGUAUCGGUGCAGUCGUGACAAGAACUGUGUUAUGUCUCGGAAGCAGAGGAACCGGUGCCAGUACUGCCGCCUGCUCAAGUGCCUCCAGAUGGGGAUGAAUCGGAAGGCAAUCAGAGAAGAUGGCAUGCCUGGAGGCCGAAAUAAGAGCAUUGGGCCCGUCCAGAUAUCAGAGGAAGAGAUCGAAAGGAUCAUGUCUGGGCAGGAAUUUGAGGAAGAGGCCAAUCACUGGAGCAACCAUGGUGACAGCGACCACAGUUCCCCUGGGAACAGGGCUUCAGAGAGCAACCAGCCCUCACCAGGCUCCACACUGUCCUCCAGUAGGUCUGUGGAACUAAAUGGAUUCAUGGCAUUCAGGGAGCAGUACAUGGGGAUGUCUGUGCCUCCACACUAUCAAUACAUACCGCACCUUUUUAGCUAUUCCGCCCACUCGCCACUCCUGCCCCCACAAGCUCGCAGCCUGGAUCCCCAGUCAUACAGUCUGAUUCACCAGCUGGUGUCAGCCGAGGACCUGGAGCCACUGGGCACACCCAUGUUGAUUGAAGAUGGGUAUGCUGUGACUCAGGCAGAGCUGUUUGCCCUGCUUUGCCGCCUGGCUGAUGAGCUGCUCUUUAGGCAGAUUGCCUGGAUCAAGAAACUGCCUUUCUUCUGCGAGCUCUCAAUCAAGGAUUACACGUGCCUCCUGAGCUCUACCUGGCAGGAAUUAAUCCUGCUGUCCUCCCUCACCGUUUAUAGCAAACAGAUCUUUGGGGAGCUGGCUGAUGUCACUGCCAAGUACUCACCCUCUGAUGAAGAACUACACAGAUUUAGUGAUGAAGGGAUGGAGGUGAUCGAGCGGCUCAUCUACCUGUAUCACAAGUUCCAUCAGUUAAAGGUCAGCAAUGAGGAGUAUGCUUGCAUGAAAGCAAUUAACUUCUUAAAUCAAGAUAUCAGGGGUCUGACCAGUGCCUCACAGCUGGAACAGUUGAACAAGCGAUAUUGGUACAUUUGUCAGGAUUUCACUGAAUAUAAAUAUACACAUCAGCCGAACCGCUUUCCUGACCUCAUGAUGUGCUUACCUGAGAUUCGCUAUAUUGCAGGAAAGAUGGUGAAUGUACCCCUGGAGCAGCUGCCCCUCCUCUUUAAGGUGGUACUGCAUUCCUGCAAGACAAGUGUGGGCAAGGAAUGACCUGUUCCCAGCGCCCCUCCUCAGGCCAACCACAGCGCCUUGGGUGGGCAGGACAGGCUCCAGAAGAAAGAGCCAGAGAGACCAAGAUGGAGGCUGUGGAGCAAUGUUUCCAGUUGCCUCCAUAGCAAGAAGAGUUUUUGUUUGUUUGUCUGUUUU